AUGGAGAUGAAAGGUUGCACUAUUAAAGAAUUUGUUGAAAAAAAUGGUGAUAUGAGGUUUCGUAGGCGUUUGCAUGGUUUACAACCUGAAGAGAUCAAGGAACAGAUGGUCCAGGGUUCGGAGAAACUGAUGAGGAUGGCGGCAGAAUUCACCAAGAAGAUCAAGACUGGACCUGCUCGGCUGACGGCGGGUAAUGCCGCCGCCGCCGCCCGCCUUGGCAUCUCGCCGCCGCGCCGUCGCCGCCGCCGCCUCUCCUUCACCAGCUCCGGCCGUCCGCCUCCGAGCCGCCUCCCGUCGGCCGCCUCCCGUCGCUCGCUCGCCGGCCGCUGCUCCGAGCCGCCCGUCCGCCUCCAGGCCGCCCGCCCUCCGAGCCGCCCGUCCGCCUCCCGGCCGCCUCCCGUCGGCCGCCUCCCGUCGCCUGCUCGCCGGCCGCUGCUCGGCCGCCCGCCCUCCAAGGCCGCCCGUCCGCCUCCGAGCCGCCCGGCCGCCCGUCCGCCUCCAGAGCCGCCUGUCCCGAUCGAUUUGGAGAUCGAUCUGAUCUCCUGUUCGGCUCGGAAUUCGGCUCGGCUCCUGAUCGGCUCGGCUCCUGAUCGGCUCGAUCUGAGCUUCGGCUCGGCUCGGCUCGGCUCCGUCAGUUAG